AUGUCAAGAUGCUUUCAAAUAGAUGAAUUAAAACAUUUAGUUUCAGAUGCAACAUUUAAGCAACUUGCGGGAAGAGCUGAAAUUCUUAUCUUGAAAGGAGGGCAAGUAGAAGCAAGAUGGAAGAAUCUUAUUCCUGAUAUUGUUCCAAUAGACAAGAGAGGUGCGAUGAAUGAUUUGAUUAUUCUUCAUUUGAAAUCAGGGCCUAAUAUAGAGUGUCUAAUUGAGACUGGAAAUGAUUAUUAUGAUAUUUAUAUCGGGGUUCUUUGCCAACUGGCUUUUAGAGCAAUUGGAGAUUAUGACGUUGGUGAAGUCCAUCCACCGCUGCAAUUGCAAAAGUUAGUAAUUGAAAAUUGUGAAGCAUUGGAAUACAUUAUAACGAAUUCAAGUUCAGGAGGGGAAGCAGUUAAUGAUGAUGGUGAGAACGAUCAAAGAAGUUUUGACUCACUAUUCCCUGAACUAAAAGCUCUUAAAAUUUCAGGUGUGCCAAGUUUAAUGGGCAUCUUUAGAGAUGACGACCACAUGAGUUCGUCUUUGCAAAAUCCAUCACCUACACUUUCAACAAAUAAUUCAAAGAAAAUGAUUCGAAAGCCCACCAUACGUGCUUUCUCUUGGGUACAAGCAUGGGGUUUUCAAAAUAACUUGCAGGCCAUAAGUGAAGAGGCCAAUUUUGCUAAUUCUAACAAGAGAUUGGUCCCCCACACAAUCUCACAGGAAUUAUUAGAUGCAUCCACAGAUGGAGUUUCUCCUUUUCAUGCAGCUCAAAGCCUUUUGGUGACAUCAUUGAAGAAUGUUAGGGAAAUAGAACUUGUGGAAUGUUGGAACUUAAUAUUAUUGUCAACUCUAUCCAUUGCGGCCUCAACAAUUUCCUUGGAAAAUUUGACAGUAAGAGAAUGUCAUAAACUGAAGUGCAUCACAACACAUGAAGGGGAUGACCAAGUUGGUAAGACUUACUGUUCCAUCUUUCAAAGAUUGGAGAAUCUGCAUAUUGAGGAUUGCAAGGAGUUGGAGUUUUUACUUCUAUCAGAGCAAAAUCCAUCCUAUCAGAAUCAAAACGAUGAGCUACAAUUCAAUCUCCCUGCUUUGGAGAUCCUCCACAUUGAAGAUGCACCGGAGUUCAACAGCAUUUGCGCCAAGAAUUAUAAACUGGUGUUGUCAUCUCUUCAGAAACUUUAUCUAAAGAAAUGUAGCAUUAAGUCUUUGAUUGGGUUCACGGGUUGUUCGGAUGAUGAAGAGCAAAUGAAUUGGAAAACCACAAAGGAAUUACAUGCACCCACAGAUAAAGAUCUUCCUUUUAAUGCAAGCCAAAGCCUUUUGGUGCAAUCAUUGAAGAAUGUUAAAGAAAUAGAACUUGUGGAAUGUUGGAACUUAAUAUCACUGUCAACUCUAUCCACUGCGGCCUCAACAAUUUCAUUGGAAAAUUUGACUAUCAGAGAAUGUCAUAAACUGAAGUGCAUCACAACACAUGAAGAAGAUGCUCAAGUUGAUAAGAAUUACUGUUCCAUUUUUCCAAGAUUAGAUAGUCUGAAAAUUGAGGAUUGCAAGGAGUUGGAGUUUUUAUUUCUAUCCAAAAUAACUGGAGGACUUGAAAAUUUGAAGUCUUUGAUGAUCAAGAAAGUUCCUAAACUACGAUGUGUUGUUGGGAACUACUCGCAGGAGCAACAAGCAUCCUAUGAUCUUCCUGCUUUGGAAACCCUCUCCAUCGAAGACGCACCAAAGAUGAAUAGCAUUUGCGCUGAGAAUUCUAAACUUGAGAUGUCAUCUCUGCAGAAACUUGUUCUGAAGAAAUGUAGCAUUAAAUCUUUGACCGAUUCGAUGGGUUGUUCAGAUGAAGAGGAAAUAAAUUGGACAACUACAAAGGAAUUAUUGGAUGCAUCCACAGAUAGAGUUCGUCCUUUUCAUGCGGCUCAAAGCCUUUUGGAUAAAUCAUUGAAGAAUGUUAGGGAAAUAGAACUUGAGGAAUGUUGGAACUUAAUAUCAUUGUCAACUCUAUCCAUUGCGGCCUCGAAAAUUUCAUUGGAAAAUUUGACAAUAAGUAGAUGUCAUCAACUGAAGUGCAUCACAACACAUGAAGGAGACGAUCAAGUUGGUAAGACUUAUUGUUCCUUUUUUCCAAGAUUAGAGAAUCUGCAUAUUGAGGAUUGCAAGGAGUUGGAGUUUUUAUUUCUAUCAGUGAUAUCUUGUGGUAUUGAAAAAUUGAAGUCUUUGAGUAUCAAUGAAGUUCCUGAACUAAAAUAUGUUGUGGGUAUGUAUCAUGAGGAGCAACAUUCACCAUAUCAGAAUCAAGAUGAUGAGCUGCAUUUUGAUCUUCCUGCUUUGGAGACCCUGUCUAUCGAAUAUGCAUCAAAGUUCAAUGACAUUUUUGCCAACAAUUAUAAUUUGGUGAAUUGGAGAACUACACAGGAAUUCCACGAAUCCACAGAUGGAGCUCCUGUGUUUCAUGUGGCAGAAAGUCUUAUGAUGCAAUCAUUGAAAAACAUUAGGGAAAUGAAACUUGUGAAUUGUGAGAACUUAAUAUCAGUGUCAACUCUAUCCAUUGCAUCAACAGUUAUGUUAGAAGAUUUGACAAUCAAAAGUUGCUAUCAACUGAAGUGCAUUGUAGCAGAUGAGGGAGAUUCUGGAACUCACAUGAACAACAAUUCCAACUUUGCAAAGUUGAAACAUUUGGAAGUUUCAUAUUGCAAUGCAUUGGAAUAUCUGUUCCCAUCAUAUGCUUUUAGAUCCCCUUCACAUUUGGAAUCUUUGAAGAUCUAUUGGGCUUCUAUGUUGAAAUAUGUGUUUGGAAGAAGCCAACAUGAAGACAAUUUAACUCAUGAGAAUCAUAAAAUCCAAACUGGCAUCAAUUUCCCUGCUUUGGAAUAUCUUUCUAUUCAAGAAGUGCCACAACUUGUGAUUGAAAUGCACGACCAUACUUUGGAAUCUCUCAUGAUUUGGGACUGCAAAGUAGAAGAAAUGUUUUGUUUGAGAAAUAUGGACAUAGAGAAAAAAAGGGAAGUGCUUGAACCAUUGACAUCAAGCCUGCAAUUAUUGCACUUAAAUGAUCUAAGUGAGUUGGUGAAUCUGUGUGUGGGGGCUAAGCGUAUCAUCAGCUUUCAUAGUCUUCAGGACCUGAGAAUUACUGCAUGCAAAAAGUUUAAAGUUAUCUUCUCUGCAUCAACAGUGAAAAGCCUGCCAAUGUUGAUGAAACUACACAUAUCAGAAUGUGAAGAGUUAGUUCACAUUGUUGAAGAAGAUUAUGAAACAAAUGCUGAUGACCAUUUGAAUCAUGAACAAUGCUUUCCCAGCUUAAAAGAAGUCAUAAUCGGGCGUUGUGACAAACUGAAGUACCUGUUUUCUAUCACAAUUUCUGAUAUUCUUCCAAACCUAUCGUAUUUGAAUAUAAGAGGAGCCUAUGAACUUGAGCAUGUGCUAAUCAGAAGAGGUGUGAUGAAAGAGAUGGUCAUGAAGGAUGUGCUUCCACGACUAAAUGAUAUAAGACUAUAUGAACUUCCGAAACUUAUUAGUCUCUGCCAUGGGAUAGAUUUUCAAAUUUUGAAAAGAUAUCAACUGAAUAUUGAUCCUGAGAGUCCCCACUUUUCUCUUUACGGUAUGCAUCCACAGAAGUAG